AUGGCAGUGUUGGCUGCACUCCCUAGUGUGUGGGUCCAGGGCCUGUUCGCCCUGGGAAUAUUCUGUCUCACAAAGCUACUGUGGGACAUAUUUCUCUCGCCUUUGAGGGCUAUUCCUGGUCCGUUCUUAGCGAAGGUUACUGAUCUCUGGCGUGCUAUCCAUACACACCGUGGACGUGUCGAUCUCAAACAUCUUGAGCUGCAUCGCAAAUAUGGGACUGCAGUGCAGAUUGGACCCAAAUGCGUGAGCAUCUCCGAUCCAGACUUGAUCCGGACUAUUUACACGACUCGUAAUGCAUGGAAAAAGAGUGAUAUGUAUAGACCGAAUGAUGUGCUUAUUGAAGGUCACCGAUUAUCCAACCUCUUCAACACCCAAGAUGAGGAUUGGCAUAAUCAGAAUAUCAAACCUAUUCGUGGACUCUGGAGCAUGACCAAGGUUCUGGAAUAUGAGCCGCUGAUUGAUGAGACUCUACAAAAGUUCGUGGACAAACUAGCCCUGAGAUUCGUUGAUGGACAAAAUGCCGGCAAAGUCUGCCCAGUCGAUGAAUGGAUUGGAUUCUUCGCCUGGGAUGUCACCGCCAACUUCAGCUUCGGUCGUCACUACGGCUUCAUUGACCAGGAAAAAGACGUCGACAACCUCAUCACCGACUCAACCGCCGGCCUAAUCUACUUCGCACCAGUCUCCCAAAUCCCCUGGAUAGACAACCUCCUCGACAAGAACCCCAUUAAGCGCAUCGGCCCCAAACCAACCCUAACCGGCGUCCUCUACGCCUUCAAAGUCGCAGCAGAGUACCAAGCCCAGCUCGCCUCAAACAAGAUCACCGCCGGCUCCGCAGGCGUAGCCCACACCCUAGACAAAUACGUUCAACUCAAACAAACACACCCCGACCUAGUCGACGAUCAACAAAUCGUCAACUGGCUCAUGCUCAGCAUUCUCGCGGGCGGCGAUACCAGUUCCGCAACUAUGCGCGCCAUCAUUUACCACCUCGCCAAAGACUCAGUAGCAUCUGACAAACUCGCCUCUGAGCUUAAAGCCGCCUCGCUCCCUCCCAUUGCCCCCUGGUCCUUGAUUCGGGAUCUUCCUUUCCUCGACGCUGUGAUCAUGGAGUCGAUGCGUUUGAACCCCGGCAUCGCGAUGAUUUUCGAGCGUGUCGUUCCAGAAGGUGGAUUCACGCUUCCGGAUGGACUAUUCUUACCUGCGGGAACGAAGGUGGGUUCGAAUCCGUUUGUCACGGGAAGGGAUUAUGGGGUAUUUGGGGAUGAUGCGGAUAGCUUCAAUCCUGAUCGAUGGCUGAAGGGGAAGAAUGAGAGUGAGGAGGCGUUUACGGAGAGACACCGACGGAUGAAGGAUGUGGUUGAUUUUGUCUUCGGUGGUGGUGGUCGGAUUUGUAUGGGGAGGUAUUUGGCGAUGUUGGAGAUCAAGAAGCUGAUCGCUACGCUUUACAACCUGUUUGAUAUUCAACUUGUUGAUCUCAAGCAUGAGUGGAAGUAUCGUGAUGCUUGGUUCGUGUAUCAGUAUGAUAUGCCUAUGAUCAUUCGUCGUCGUACUCAAUAA